GAGGCGGGCGCGGCGGUCCCGGCGGGGGUCCGAGGCGGAGGCGGCGCAGGCGGGCUGCGACCUGCGGGACGGCGGCUUCGAUUUGGCGACGGUGCUGGGCAACCACACCCACAAGUGUGUCUUCGAUGGUCUUAGUGGCUCCGUGUCCCUGUCCUGGAUUGGAGACAGCACUGGGGUUAUUCUUGUGUUGACCACAUUUCAGGUACCUCUAGUGAUCAUGAGUUUUGGGCAGUCUAAACUCUACCGGAGCGAGGACUAUGGAAAAACUUUCAAGGACAUCACAGAUCUCAUUAACAACACAUUCAUCAGAACAGAGUUUGGAAUGGCAAUUGGACCAGAGAAUUCAGGGAAGGUGAUAUUGACAGGGGACAGAUCUGGACUUUACCAUGCUGGAAAAAUCGUCAGAUCAGAUGAUUUUGCUAAAAACUUUAUACUUACAGAGAUCCCUUUUCACCCUUUGACUCAAAUAGUUUAUCAUCCUCAGAAUUCUGAUUUCUUAUUGUCCCUCAGCACUGAGGGCAGCCUAUGGAUAUCCAAGAACUUUGGUGCUAAGUGGAAAGAAAUCCACAAAAAUGUUUGCCUGGCAAAAUGGGGCUCUGGCACAACCAUCUUCUUCACCACCUUCAUGAAUGGCUCUUGUAAAGCUGAUCUCGGCUCGCUGGAACUGAAGAGGACUACAGACUUUGGAAAGUCGUUUAAGUCAAUAGGAACAAAGAUCUACUCCUUUGGCCUGGGCGGACGCUUCCUCUUCGCGUCUGUGAUGACAGAAAAGGGUAAUACAAGGCGAAUCCAUGUGUCGCUGGAUCACGGUGAAACCUGGAACAUGGCCCAGCUUCCUUCUGUAGGCCAAGAACAGUUUUACUCGAUCUUGGCAGCUAAUGAUGACAUGGUGUUCAUGCAUGUAGAUGAACCUGGAGAUACUGGACAUGGCACAAUUUAUACAUCUGAUGAUCAAGGCAUCAUAUAUUCCAAGUCCCUAGAAAGGCACUUUUAUACCACAACAGGAGGAGAGACGGACUUUACCAAUGUAACAUCCUUGCGGGGCACCUUUAUCACCAGUGUACUGUCAGAGGAUAAUUCCAUUCAAUCAGUGAUCACCUUUGAUCAAGGUGGGGAAUGGUCACGCUUGAGGAAACCUGAAAAUGCUAAAUGUGACUCGACAGCCAAAAACAAGGACAAGUGCAGCCUUCACAUCCAUGCAGCCUACAGCAUCUCCCAGAAGCUGAAUGUGCCAAUGGCGCCUUUAUCUGAACCCAAUGCUGUUGGAAUUGUCAUCGCUCACGGAAGUGUGGGGGAUGCCAUUUCAGUAAUGAUCCCCGAUGUUUACAUUUCGGAUGAUGGUGGCUACACCUGGGCACGGAUGCUUGAAGGACCACAUCACUACGCCAUCUUGGAUUCUGGGGGCAUCAUUGUGGCCAUUGAGCAGACCAUGCAGCCUAUCAAUGUGAUUAAAUUCUCUACAGAUGAAGGACAGUGCUGGUAUGAAUAUGUUUUCUCUAAAGAACCUAUAUCUUUUACUGGCCUGGCUUCAGAGCCAGGGGCAAAGUCAAUGAAUGUUAGUAUCUGGGGAUUUCGGGAGAGCAUCCUGUCCCGUAGAUGGAUCUCUUAUACCAUUGACUUCAGUGAGCUCCUCAGCAGGGAAUGUGAGGAGAAGGACUAUACAACAUGGUUGGCUCACUCAAACAACCCCAAUAACCCUGCAGAUGGCUGUGUAUUAGGGUACAAGGAAGAAUUCAGACGCCUGCGCAAGUCCUCGAUCUGUCAGAAUGGACGUGAUUAUGUGGUAUCUAUGGUACCAUCUGUCUGCCCUUGCACGUUAGAUGACUUCCUCUGUGAUUUUGGUUACUUCCGCCCAGAAAAUGAGUCUCACUGUGUGGAGCAGCCAGAGCUGAAAGGUCAUGACUUGGAAUUUUGUCUGUAUGGGAGGCAAGAGCGGUUAAAGACCAAUGGAUAUCGGAAGAUUCCAGGAGACAAAUGUGUUGGUGGGAAGCACCCUGACAGACAGGAGACUGACCUGAAAAAGAAAUGUACCAGUGACUACCUGAAUCCAAGCCAGCUGUCUGCCGCUUCCAGUUCCACUCCCGUCAUCCUGGCUGUCAUCGGUUUGAUGCUCACCACUGCUGUAGCGGGAGUAGUUGUUAUUAAGAAAUAUGUUUGUGGAGGAAGGUUUCUGGUGCACCGAUAUUCUGUCCUGCAGCAGCAUGCAGAAGCCAAUGGCUUCGAAGGGGUUGAUACGCUAGAUGCCACUACCUGUGCCAGUAAAACUGGUUACCAUGAUGAUUCUGAUGAGGACCUCCUGGAGUAGCGAGCAUGGGAUGCACACGGAUUUGGAUGCUGCUACGGAAGGGCAAGGAGGUC